AUGGCCGAUUCCAAAGCUCUCCGCCAUAUAUACAUCGUGGGUGCUCAGAAUACCGGCAAAACAACACUUGUGAAUGCCCUCGAGGCUGCCUUCGCCAAGAACACAUCAGAAAUCCAACCCCGAGCCAUCAAAGAAGUCGCAAGAAACGUCUUGAUAAAACACAAAUUCACGGCCGAAUGUAUCAAAACAUCCCCCUCGCGAGCUUUUCAGUUACAGGAACUCAUUCUGAAGGCUCAAUUCGAUGCUGAACGCGGGGUAUUGGAGCGUGAUGGAUGGUUUAUCUCAGACAGAUCUGCCAUCGAUCCCAUCGUCUAUGCUCGCAAGUAUGUGACCGAGGAGGCAUCAAUCCAGUUGAGGCAAUCCACGGAAUGGUUGCAAUUGAAGGAGAGGAUGAAAGAUUCCGUCGUUAUCGUUUGUCAAGCUGGUGCAGAUUGGCUCUUGGAUGACGGAGUUCGGUUGAUGCCAGAGAAUCGGGAGGCAUGGAUUCAAUUCGAUCAACUGUUUUGUAGUUGUCUCGAUGAGUGGGGAUUGGGUUAUGAGGUGAUGCCCUGUACUUUGACCGAUAUUGAUAAAAGAGUGGAGUUUGUAUUGGAGAGAUGGAGGUCGGGAGGAACACUAGAAAGGACUUAG